AUGUCUGGAUUCAAACAAGCUGAUCACAAAUUAUUGGUCAUCCCAGGACCAAUUGAAUUUUCCGAUUCAGUCCUUUUAGCAAAUGCUACACCAGGUACAGCUCAUACUUCACCAGCUUUCAUUCCCGUAUUCGGUGAAACCCUUAAAUUGCUCAGAAAAGUACUAUUGUCAUCUGAAGAAUCGGAAAGUCAACCUAUCCUCAUUGCGGGAAGUGGAACGAUGGGAUGGGAUGCAGUUGGUGUAAAUUUGGUAGAAAGAGGUGACGAGGCCGUCGUUCUUAAUACCGGUUAUUUCGGUGAUAGUUUUGCUGAUUGCCUCGAGGCAUACGGUGCCAAAGUCACUCAAGUCAAAGCUGAAGUUGGUGGUAUUCCAACUGACGACGCUAUCAUAUCAGCUUUGUCGUCCAAACCUAAACUCAUCACCAUCACCCAUGUAGAUACUUCUACAGGUGUUCUUUCACCAGCUAAACACAUAACUUCUUUAGUCAAGAAACAUUCUCCUGAAACUUUGGUCAUUCUAGAUGCAGUCUGUUCUGUCGCUUCAGAAGAAAUCAGAUUCGAUGAUUGGGGUUUGGAUAUGGUCAUUUCUGCAACUCAAAAAGGCUUAGGUGCACCUCCUGGUUUAUCCGUUGUUUUAGCUUCUAAAAGAGCUGUCGAGGUCUCUGAAAACAGAAAAACUCCUCAACAAGGUUAUUACAUCUCCUGGAAGAAAUGGAUUCCUAUAAUGAAGAAUUAUGAGGCUGGUAAACCAUCAUACUUUGCUACUCCACCCGUACAACUUAUUUACGCUCUGAACACAUCACUGAAGUUCAUCGCUUCCAAGGAUAUCUCCGAAUUAUACGAAGCUCAUAAAGCAGCAUCCAAAUAUAUCAAAGAUGAAUUAUCUUCAAUGGGACUUGAUUUCGUACCUAAAUCUAGAGAUAUAGCUGCCAAUGGUAUGACAGCUGUUAGAUUCCCUAAAGGAUCAACGGCUCCUGAUGUUUUACCUAAACUUGCCGAACGUGAUAUCGUCGUAGCUGCAGGAUUACACAAAGCUAUCAUCACUGAAUACUUCAGGAUCGGCCAUAUGGGUGUAACAGCUGUAGAUAGAUCAAGAGGUGACUUGGAAAAAGUAAUCAAAGGAAUUAAAGAAGUUUUAGGUAAAAAUUGA